AUGCAGCAUUUGACGCUUCUCAUACUGUCGUUAUUGAGCACAUCUGUCUGGGGUUGGCCGUACGAUGAGUCUCUUGUGGAUUGGAAUCUCAAUCAAAACAAGACCGCCCAAGGCCCCAUCGAUUAUUGGGGAGCAUGGCCAGACCAUGAUUAUCAUCCGUCGCCAGACAACUGGCGCUUCCCUAUCUAUACGAUCUUUUUGGACCGCAUAUCUAAUGGAGACCCGACAAACGACGAUAUCAACGGGACGAAGUUCGAGCAUGUGGUCAACUCUAAUCAGAUGCGACACGGCGGCGACCUCGAUGGCUUGUUAGACACGCUGGACUAUAUCCAUGGCAUGGGCUUCAAAGCGAUUUACUUCGCCGGGACAUAUCUAGAGAACCUGCCCUGGGCCUACGAUGGCUACUCGCCAGCUGAUACCACUCUCCUCGACAAGCAUUAUGGCACACUGGAGGACUGGAGACGGGUCGUGACAGAGAUUCAUAACCGGGAUAUGUACGUGUUGGUGGACAAUACGCUAUCGACGUUGAGCAACCUGAUCGGGUUCAAAGGCCACUUGAACGGCUCGGCAGAUUUCAAAGCAAGCGAAUACAAUGUUGAAUGGGUCACAAAUAGACAAUAUGCCGACUUUUCAUUUGGGAACACUUGGAACGACACAUGCAACUAUCCCAAAUUCUGGUACGAGGACGGGCAUCCUUUAACAACAAUGGGAGUCCAAGAUCUCAAGGGAUGCUAUGAUAGCGACUUUGACCAGUACGGAGAGCUAGAGGCGUUCGGUAACUUCCCUGACUGGCAGCGUCAGCUUACAAAGUUUGCCUCUGUGCAAGAUCGACUGCGUGAAUGGCACAAGCCGGUCCGCGAAGUCAUUACUCGGCACUCCUGCUUCCAAAUCGCCAGCCUUGACAUUGACGGCUUCCGCUUCGAUAAGGCUGUUCAAGCGACUCUCGAGCCCCUCAGCGAGAUGAUGGCCGUCUACCGUGAAUGUGCAAAGAAGCUUGGCAAAAACAAUUUCUUUCUCCCUGGAGAGAUCACAUCCGGCAAUACCUUUGGUAGCCUCUACCUCGGCCGCGGUCGUCAGCCAGAUCAGCGUCCGGCCUCUGCAGGUGCUGCUGCCAAAUUGACGAAUACCUCCGAAAACGUUUUUCUAAGAGAGGACGGGUUACAAGCAUUGGAUGCAUCAGCAUUUCAUUAUACAAUCUACCGUUCAAUGACCCGUUUUCUGGGGAUGGAUGGUAACUUAGUUGCCGGAUUCGACUUGGCUACCGAUUUCAUCGAAGCCUGGAAUGAGAUGCUUGUCACAAAUGACUUUCUCAAUGCGUUCACAGGAGAGUUGGAUCCCCGACAUAUGUACGGCGUUUCCAAUCAAGAUAACUUCCGUUGGCCUACAAUCAAGAACGGCACUGCAAAAUAUCUUUUGGGUUUGAAUGUUAUCACACUGCCCUUGUCGUCCCAAACUGCAUGGUGGACAAAUGGCUGCUUCAACUUGAAUACAACAAAAUUCUACGAUUUUCCGAUUGAGAAAGGACGUGAUGGCUGCAACGACAUCACUGUCACCUAUGAUCAACGUAAUCCCGCCCAUCCACUUCGCAACAUAAUGAAACGAAUGUUUGAGAUUCGAGCUCAUUAUCCGGUCGCAAAUGAUGGUCUGUUUCUCCAAACAAUCUCUCAACUCACGGAAGACAUCUACCUUCCUGGUUCAUCUACCACUCCCACGGUUACUGGUCUUUGGUCGGUAUUGCGAGCCUACUUCCCUUCAGUCCAGACGGAUGCCAUCUUGUCUAAUGAAACCCUGUGGCUCGUGUACCAAAAUGGAAAUACCACAAAGACAUUUGGCGGCAGCUGCACCAACAGCAGCGCUGCCUUGUUGUCGCCUUUCACGUCGGGGAAAACGUUGAAGAACCUUUUCUAUCCUUACGAUGAGCUUACUGUUGAUGAUGGUCCCACCGACAUAUAUGGAUGCAUCAAGGGUGGCAUGGAGCUGCUUCCAUGGGAAUACCGAGCCUAUGUGGAAAUCGACAUGUUUGUCAAGCCCGGUCCUACCGUCACUGAGUUUGUCCCUGGUCAUGAUUCUCGGUUACUGUCAGCAGAAGAUACGAGCGAGACCAUCCCGAUUCAGCUUGGAUAUUCCACAGAAAUGGACUGUGAUAUUGUUACCAACGCAAUCACACUAAAUUCCACAACCGAAAAAGGCAUCGUCGCCUCUCUUGAUACUUCCAGUGUCCGCUGCACCAAUGUCACGGCCCGGACGACAGGCAACAACUACAUCGGAGAGAUCCCGACCGUCUGGACAUGGUCGGCAAACCUGACAAAUGUCUAUCACGGAAUCCAUCAAAUAACUGUUGCCAACAUGUCCACGUCUGAGACAUCAAAAAUUUAUACCAAUUCAACCGACAGCUUUUUGAUUCGCGUCGGCCUUCCCACGAAUCCCCUGAUCACCCCCCUGUCCAAUUACUCCGACAGCCUCGUGCACAAGUCUGACGACGGUUACUUCAUCAAGCAUAAUGCCGCAGGUGCUGACAAGUUCCGGUAUUCAGCUGACUUCGGGAGCACCUGGUCGGAAUGGACGACAUAUGAGGGUGGCAAUACUAGUGUCACCAUCCCGACUUUCACUGGGACAUCCGCACAGGCAUGGAAAGGAACUCAUAUCCGCGUGCAAUACUUUUCAAGACUUACCGGGAGCAGUGAUUACAUCCAAGAAGGUGAUUAUGACUGGGAUGAAGGUUCCGCUCGAAGGUUCCCCCACUUGUGGUUCAAUGGCCCAUUCAAUCAGUACGGCUACGACGCGGGAGUGGACAACAAAAUGCAGUAUGACUCCAAGACUUUGCGUUGGAACUACGACUUCGUCUACGAAUGGCCAGCCGUGGGACAAUUGAAUGCCUGGGGUCUAGACCCGUCGGGUAUUCCCGACAAUUCGGAGGUCUACGGUGAUGUGGGAAACUCCUCCACAAUAUUGAAGCUUCCUCCGUCCUAUCUCUCGUCCAACGUGAUUAAUUUUACCGAUUUACCACCUUUCCCUCAUCUCGGAUGGAGAUUCUCCCUCAAUGAUGCCAACCUACGGUAUGAAAAGAUUCCCAUUGGAUCUGGAUGGGCCCAGCUUGCACUCUUCAUUCUUCUGUGGAUCGGUCCGAUCAUCAUGGGUCUGGCAGGAGUCUUCAUCUUUAUCCAAACAUUCUAUCAAGUCAAGCUCAAUAAAGACGGCAAGGUUCUGAAAGUCGAGGCGCUACCUCUUUCAUUCUGGCGCAAAGUCAAAGACAAGUUCGCGAAGCACGACGACUCGAAUAACACAGCUUCAGAGAAUACUUUGCCUACAGGCAUUACCGUAGGAGGGUUGGCUGACCAGAAACGACGCACGGUUCUGAUUGCCACCAUGGAGUACGACAUCCAAGACUGGAAACUCAAAGUCAAAAUCGGUGGUCUGGGAGUCAUGGCCCAGCUCAUGUCGCAAAAUCUGAAGCACCAGAAUCUCAUAUGGGUGGUGCCGUGUGUUGGUGAUAUCGAUUACCCCGUUGACACACCGACUGAACCCUUCGUCGUGACGAUUCUUGACAAGCCAUACCUGGUGAAAGUUCAAUAUCACAUUGUGGAGAACAUUACCUAUGUCUUGCUUGAUGCACCGGUUUUCAGGCAGCAGACUAAGGCGGAGCCUUAUCCACCCCGUAUGGACGAUCUUGAAAGUGCGAUCUACUACUCGGCUUGGAACCAGUGUAUUGCAGAGACAAUCAAGCGAACGCCAUCCAUCGAUUUCUACCACAUCAAUGAUUUCCAUGGGUGUGUCGCCCCGUUGUACUUGCUACCCAAUCGAACGAUUCCGGUUUGCUUGUCUUUGCACAACGCCGAAUUUCAAGGAUUGUGGCCACUGAGAACACAGAAAGAGAAGAAAGAAGUCUGCUCCGUUUUCAACCUCCCAAUUGACAUAGCGACCAAAUACUGCCAAUUUGGAAAUGUGUUCAAUCUUCUACGCACAGGUGCCAGCUAUUUGCGCUUCCACCAGCGCGGGUUCGGCGCAGUGGGGUGUUCCCAGAAGUACGGAAAGCGAUCAUGGGCCCGAUAUCCCAUUUUUUGGAGUCUUAGCAAUAUUGGCAGCCUUCCCAAUCCCGAUCCCUCCGAUACUGGCUCCGUCGAGAAAGGCGCAGAAGUGGCGGUCACUGUUCAGUCUGAUGCGGAACUCAUUCAUGAUAAGCUCCAGGCACAGAAAUGGGCUGGUUUGGACGAGAACCCAAACGCUGACUUGCUCGUGUUCGUGGGGCGUUGGUCUAAGCAAAAAGGGGUGGACUUGAUUGCGGACGUGAUGCCGAGAAUCCUAUCUGCCAGACCUCUUGUGCAAUUGAUCGUGAUCGGUCCCCUCGUCGACCUUUACGGCAGAUUAGCUGCAAUCAAGCUCGAGCGUAUCAUGGAGAUGUACCCAGGUCGUGUGUUCUCCAGGCCAGAAUUUACGGUUCUUCCACCCUAUGUCUUUUCUGGCGCCGAUUUCGCCUUGAUUCCAUCUCGAGAUGAGCCAUUCGGAUUGGUUGCCGUUGAGUUUGGUCGCAAGGGUGCUCUCGGAAUUGGUUCUCGCAUUGGCGGCCUUGGACAAAUGCCGGGUUGGUGGUAUACUGUGGAAUCCGACUCGGCUCGCCAUCUCUUGCAUCAGUUGAGGACUGCCAUCGAGUCUGCCUUGGACUCAUCCCCAGAGACUAGAGCGGAGAUGCGUGCGAACUCUGCCAAACAGAGAUUCCCCGUUCUCGAGUGGGUCCAAAAGCUCGAGAAGCUGCAACGAACUGCUAUCCAAAUCCAUCACGAAAAGAAAAGGAAUAGUGUAUUUGGUCACACGCGAGACUCUCAAGCAGACUGGAAUAUGCAGGGUUUGCGCCCUUCUUCAAGAUCUCGCCCGGUAUCUCAUCAGUCAAUGGUCGGGGCUUUGGAAACGACACCAGAGAGAGCAUCGGAUCGUAUUCAGGCUUCUCUUCUGGAACUACAAGCAGCCGAGCUUGAAGUUAUGAGAAUGUCCGAAGGCCCCAGAGACAGCAUGUUGAUCAAGAGGGCACUGCGUGAGAGUCAGCUGGACGAAGGUGAUACUACAGAUAUCGAGGAGGAUGGCACUGAGACGCCGCAGGAGGAGAACAUAUCUCGCGAGGAGGCAGUGGCGGCAAUCAUCAGAACACCGGGGCGUACGGAAGGCCUGGAUUCCGGAAAUGCUACGCCUGUUACGCACACGCGCAACCUCUCUGUUCUCUCCUUAUUGUCCGUUUUUAAGGAUCACAACCAACCCGUCUUCAAUCUGCAAAAGGUUGACCCUACCUUCACUGACAGCAUGGGCCAUUUCACACGCAACUUUAGAAAGCUUCUCACCAAUCUCAACAAGAAGAACUCGAUCACCGAACACUGUAUCGAAGUAUACUUGACGAAGAGCGAGCGAAAGUUCUUCGACAUGUACACCGACGCGCAGUUGAAAAAGCAGCCCAAGGUGGUGGAGCGUCCCCUUACUGGAAUUGGUUUGAAUCAUACUGUUGAUGAUACGGAGUAUGAGAACAGCUCGAAUCCCCCUGAACAUUCUGAAUGGAAAGAAGUAGAUGACAUGAAUCAAUGGCUCUCUCGUCUUGGGUACAAAAGACCCAUCGCCAUCCAGAGAUUCAUGAGAUGGCGUGUCGGCAAUUGGCCUGUCUAUGCUUUAUUCUUGGGUCUCGGCCAAAUCAUCGCGACAAAUUCCGCCCAAAUCACCCUUUUGGUUGGUCAAGUUGGUGAGACUGCGGUCAAGCUUUACGUGAUUGCGGCAGUCUACUGUCUGUCUUCCAUCGUUUGGUGGUUCUUGUUCUAUCGCUUCCCAUCCGUGGUGGUCCUCAGUCUCCCCUGGUUCAUCUACUGCAUUGCAUUCGUGAUCAUUGGCAUCUCGCCAUUCGGGCUCUCAUUUGUCGGACGGGCCUGGGCGCAAAAUGUUGGCGCAGGCGUUUAUGCCGCUGCGUCUUCCAGCGGCGCCUUGUUUUUUGCCCUUAAUUUUGGUGAUCAGGGUGCCGUCCCUGUCAAGGAUUGGAUGUUCCGCGCAAGCCUGAUUCAAGGCAUUCAACAGCUCUACACGGUCGCGCUAUGGUUCUGGAGUUCCCGGGUUACCGCAGUGGAAGUUGGAGGUAUUACAACAGCUGCCUUGAGUACAUGGAGACUCACGGCUGUCAUGAUUCCCAUUGCCGCAGUGUGUUUUAUCAUCGGCGUGCUCCUCGCUCUAGGAUUGCCCGAGUACUACCGUCAAGCGCCAGGGAAAAUCCUCUUCUUCUACAAAUCACUCUUCCGUCGACGCAUUGUUCUCUGGUUCUUCUUCAUGGUCAUUAUUCAGAACUGGUUCCUUUCCGCUGCCUUCGGUCGCAAUUGGUCAUUCCUCUGGUCAUCUUCACACGCCAAGUCGUGGGAAGUCCUCAUCUUGGUCCUCUUCUUCUUUAUUGUUGUUUGGGUUUGUGCUCUGCUCAUUUUCCGCAUCUUAUCCAAGGAGCAUAGCUGGAUCUUACCUGUCUUCGGUCUGAGCCUUGGUGCGCCACGCUGGGCGCAAACCUGGUGGGGGGCAUCGAACAUCGGCUACUAUCUCCCAUGGGCCGGUGGUCUUACUUCCGGGGCCCUCAUCUCGCGAUGCCUCUGGCUCUGGCUAGGCGUUCUCGACGAGAUUCAGCAAGUCGGUUUGGGGAUGAUCCUUUUGCAGACGCUGACGAGAGUACAUGUCUGCUUCGUCCUGUUGGCUGCGCAGUCUGUUGGCUCCAUUGCCACGAUCUGUGCGCGGGCUUUCGCACCCAACAAAAUCGGGCCGGCUGGCAUCUCUCCGGAUGUUGGCUCUUCGUUGGAUAGAGUCGGUAAUGCGUGGUUCUGGAUUGCGCUUUUCUUCCAGCUUUUGGCCAGCUUUGGUUUCCUUCUAUUCUAUCGCCGAGAACAGCUCAACAGGCCAUGA